AUGGAGACGCCGGCUGAGGCCGUAAUCAUGGUGGGGCGAAGCGCGUCGCCUGCGUCGACACCCGCGAAAAGAUCGACACGCGUCGUGAGGCCAAGCACCAAAAUUCGAGAAGCCGCGCGACAGCCCGACGAUCUGGCGGAGAAGACAACACGCGCAACUAGGCUUGCAACGCGCAUUGCCUCGGACGAUGUCGCCAUCAGUGACGCGACUGAGCGGCGCAAAGUUGCCAGCAGCAGCAGUGGCGCGAACGAAGGCCGAGCCAUGCUCCAGAAAGUUCUCGAACUCUUGAGCGAGUCACGUCAAGAAACGCAAAAGCUCAGCCGAGCGAUAGAUGCGCAAAACGAGAUCAUAUCCAAGCAACAGCAGAUGAUCCAGGAAAUGGAUCAACAAGGGAAAGAGAUGAGAGAUGAGCUUCGUCACAUCCGAGCGCAGUUAGAGACCCUGGCUACGCCCGCAUCUUCUCUGCAGAGCAGUCCGCAGAUGUCGUGCCAGACGCAGAUCGGCAACAUCCGAAAGGCCAUAGAGAGCGACAUGAGAAAGAGUCAGAGGCAGGAGACUUGGAAAUGCGCAGCGGUCGUGACAGACGCUCGAAACCCCGACCGGAUCAAAAUUUUAUGCAGAGACCAAACCGAGUUGAAGCAGGUCAAGGAAGCAGCGCAGAAGACGGUAACUUCGGGAGCCAGGCGUACCGCAGUGCUGGACGCCGAAGGCAACGUUCUGCCGGGCGCAGCUGAGGCGCUCGGAGCCGAGAAUUACGUCACGAUUGCCAAGAUCACCUGGCUUAGCAACAGAGAAAAGCCAAAGCGUACGGGUCAAUGGUGA